AUGAGAAAAGUCUUAAUCACUGGAGGAAAUCGAGGUCUUGGAUUUAAACUAGCUGAAGUCUUGUCACCAAAACAUCAUAUACUCUUGACAGCCAGAAAUCUCAAUAGUCUUAAUGAAGCUAAGUCUAAAAUCACUGCCAUUGUACCUAAUGCCAGCAUCACAACAAAAGAAUUAGAUGUUUCCAGAUUUGAUAGCAUUAAGUCAUUUCAUAAAUGGAUGCUCUCAACUAACACCACUGUUGAUGUAAUUGUCAAUAAUGCUGGUGUGAAUGAUGAAAAUAAAUUAGAAAAUAAGGCCUUUGACAUUAUGAAUACUAAUUUGUUCGGAAUCAUCAAUUUAACUGAAACCAUACUACCAUAACUUACUCAAGAUGGAAAAGUAAUUAAUUUAUACUAUUAUUAGAUCAUUUUAAUUUCUUCCAUGCUUGGUAAGCUAAAAUUAUAACCACCCUCUACCUAAAAAUUGUUAUAAGAAAAAUUAACAAAACAAUAAAUUUUAGAGUUUGCUAGAGAUUUGAUUCACAAUUACAAAGAGGGUAAUUAUGGAAUAUGGUCACCCCAUAUCUAACCAUUAUAUAAAGUGUCUAAAGUAUUGACAAAUGCUUAUGCCAGAUAUGUACUAACAGAUUUAGUAUAACCAAAUCAAUCCAUCUUUUGUGUUCAUCCUGGCUGGUAUUUCUAUUAUUCCCAAGAUUUCUAGGGUUAAAACUGAUAUGGGAGGACCCAAAGCACCAGGUGAAGUCAAGGAUGGAAUUUUCACAAGUAGAUAUUUGAUUGAGGAAUUGGCCUAUGGUCGUAAUCCACAAUACCAUGCUAAAUAUUUUAAUGACAAAGCAUAAAUAGAAGACUUUUGAG